AUGUCGUCAUCUACUACUAUUUAUCCCAAAAGACUGGCGCAUUCUGUUCCAUUUAGUAGCCAGUUGGAAGUUAUUGAAAAGAUUAAUUUGAAUAAUUCGAAAAACCAACAAUUGCAAAAUUACAAGUACAACCAAAAUUAUCAUAAUCAGAAUAGGUCACAGGGGCAUUAUAAUACUUAUCACAACUAUAGUAAUGGUGGCAAUAAGGGCAUCUACGUUAAUCAAGGCGGGUAUGGUCAUAAAAAUCACAGUAACCACCAUAUCCAACAACAGAGUAAUAAAUAUGCAUUAGCCGCAGUGGCAGCGGCUGCUGCAGUACAACAUCACCAGCAGCAAACCUAUUUAUUACAACAACAAGCAGCUCUAGCACAGCAGCAACAGCAGCAACAGCAGCAACAGCAACAACAACAACGUCAAAAACAGCACCAGCAGUACCAACAAUGGCAGUCCCAUCAACACAACCUUCCCAUGUACAAUACAUCACAGCUCACUGCAUUUUCUCAGCCACCUAUAUUUUCCCAGCCACCUCCCCAGGUUUUUGGCGAUUUUUCAAAUUGUGGUGGUACCAGUGGUGGUACCAGUGGUGGUACCGGUUAUGUUGAUCAAAAUACAACAGGUGGUAGCGUUCAAUCACAAUUGAACAACAAGUUAAACAUGUCUAAUGGAAGCACCAAUUCCAUUAGUUCGAUUUCAUCAUCGUCUGAUUCCACGCCUAACCCAUUUCCAGUAGUAUUUGCCAAUUCACCACCGCCGCGGUCAAAUUCCUUACAGGAGGAAAGAGGUUGUGUUUUUGAUAAGAGCUCACCACCAAAUUUAUUAUUAUCGACUAGCAUUGCUUCACUUACGCCUACUACAACAGCAGCAACGAGUUUCCUCAACUCUCCAACCUUAAUGUCAACAGCCGGCUCUGCUAAAGAUAAUAACGUUCGUAAUGGCAACAAUACAAAUGGGAAUGCGACUUCAACUACAUUGACCUCGGGGUCGAUCUGGGCUAAGAGCAUAAACGAGAAUACAAGCACAAGUAUGGGCACACCUACACCUGGAAACAGUACCAUAUUGGGAUUUGGUACUUCCAAGCUUUGGUAA